GAGGUAGCAAAAAUGCCUCUCAAAGCUUUCACCGUAAGAGACACCUCUUCAAUUCAUCCAGAUGUUGAAAUUGGAUUAACUGACCUAGAGAAGAAGCUCUGCAGGCACUUUAAGCGCAUAGAGAUCCAGGGAAAACGUCAAAGAAAGGUCCCUAUCAUCCUCACGCCAAAUAUGCUCUCAUCCAUGGAGGCUCUAGUUGAGAAUCGCAUACAAUGUGGAGUUCCAAAUGAAAACCACUUCCUGUUUGCAAGGCCUGAAGCACGAACACAUCUUAGAGGAUCAGAUGCCAUCCGACAACUUGCACGCAAGUGUGGGGCCAAGCAUCCAGAGGCCCUGUCAUCCACUAAAUUGAGGAAACAUGUGGCGACCAUGUCAAAAGUCCUAAACUUGCGGGAUAAUGAAAUGGAUGACCUUGCCGACUUUCUUGGCCACGACAUUAGAGUACACAGACAGUUCUACAGGCUUCCCGAGGGUACAUUACAGCUCGCAAAGAUCAGCAAAGUCCUUGUGGCCCUUGAGCGAGGACAAAUCUCAGAGUUCAGAGGCAGGACCCUUGACGAGAUCAGCAUUGACCCAAAUGAGGAAAUGGCUGGGGACAGUAAUCUAUCUGAGAAUGAGGAGUGUGAAAUGACCCCGUUGCUUUUAACAGCCGGAUCGAGGCGAAAAAGGAAGUGCACGACUGAAGUUGGAUCUGACAGUGAUUCACAGGAAACUACAGUGUGUCCCGUGAGUAAGACUGCAACAAAAAAAAGACCAGAUAACAAGAAGCCAGUGGGUGAAGACAAAUCUCCAGGUGAAUCCCAGAUCACCAAAGGUUCAUCAAAAAUGGCGAGAAGGAAGUGGAGCACAGAGGAGGUCCAGGCUGUGGAGAGCAAUCUCAUGGACAACAUCAACUCUGGCAGGGUUCCUGGCAAAGCCCAGUGUGAAGCAUGUAUCAAGGCAUCUUCAGACGCGUUUAUGGGAAGGAGCUGGCAGGCAGUUAAGUUCUAUGUGAAGAACCGCAUGGACUAAUAAACUAAUGGAAAUAUAAAUUGUAAUCACUGAACAUAAUUCUUUUUUGCUAUCUAGUUUUUCUACAAUCCCACAAGUAGGUACAGCUCUAGCUUCAAUUCAGUUCAUAUUUGAGCAUGUAAAUAUAUUUUAUUAAGAUUGAUUGUCACAGCCAUGUCAACAGCUAUUUUGCUUUCAAAUUUAAGGUGUCUACAUCCUCGGUUAUUUCAUUGAGUGAUGUCAUUUUAAUUUUUAUCCUAAAGAACAUUGUUGUAGUGGUUGGAGAAAUGGAGGUAGAGAGAGACACAGGUUGUAGAGAGAGACAUGUAUGCAGGGAGAGAGACAUGUAUGCAGGGAGAGAGAAAGACACCUGUCUUGAAGAUACUAGAUAUGUUGGAGAGAGAGACGGGUAUUUAGGAAAUGAGACAGGUAUGUAGAGAGAGAGGCAGGUAUGUAGGGAUAGAGAGAGACAGGUAUGUAGGAAAUGAGAGACAGGUAUGUAGGGAUAGAGAGAGACAGGUAUGUAGGGAUAGAGAGAGACAGGUAUGUAGAGAGAGACAGGUAUGUAGGGAUAGUGAGUGACAGGUAUGUAGGGAGAGAGAGGCAGGUAUGUAGGGAGAGAGAGGCAGGUAUGUAGGGAGAGAGAGGCAGGUAUUUAGAGAGAGACAGGUAUGUAGAGAGAGACAGGUAUGUAGGGAUAGUGAGGCAGGUAUGUAG